ACUCUAUGUGAUUCCUCUCUGCCCUCCUGUCCCACUCUCUCUCUCUCUUCCUCACUGUUUCUACACUCGUCCUCUGUGUGUCUGUCUUUGCAGGCGUCCCUCUCAGUGGCUGGCUCCUGGAGUCACUGCUCUGACCCGAAUGGUGAGCAGCAACUCCACCCCGAUAAUAACGAGGGCCCCGGAGCCCCAGGUAGAGAGAACACCAGAGUCAGAGAAAGAGCUUGAGACACUGGAGAUGAACGACAGACCCAGACCACUCAGGUCGGUGCGAACGCUGUGUGAUCACUCUGCUGGAAGAGGGUCGGAGCUCAGCUUCUGCAAAGGGGAGGAACUGGUGGUGUUGGGAGGAGUUGAUCAGGACUGGAUCCGCUGUCGUCAGGGAGACAAAGAGGGGAUGGUACCUAUCGGCUACACCUCCCUCAUCAUGUGACCUCAGUGCCAUUACUGCUGCACUCAAUAAGAAAAACCAAGAAAAAAAAAAUAUUUUAGGCGAGUGUUGAGAGGUUAUGGUGAGGCUCCACUACUCUGAAAGGGAUAUUUCACGCUUGCUCGGUUUGGGUUUGAGUGCAGAACACCAUCUGCUCUGCUUUACGUGCAUCCGGAGCAAUCUGCAGCUCUCUCUCUUUAUGAACAUAUGGGAGUUUCCCCCCCCAUCAAAAUCCAUCUAGUUUGGUAGCAUUAAACUAAUGGAUGAUAGCAGCAGGAAUGCAGUAGAUGGUGUGAAAAAAUGACUGAAGUCAAAUCUAGACCAUUUCAUACUAAAAGACCUUUGAUCUUGAAGUGAAGUAUCCCUUUAAAAUGUCUUCUUCUCAAUGCCUGCCUUCCGUGUCAGCCACUGAUCUGAAAAUGAUCACAGGGCAAUCAACUAUUUGCAGAUUUAAGAGCUUUCAGAGCUUUCAGAUCAGCGUCUGCCUGUCGUCAGAAGGCAAUCCGACAGCCUGGUAGUAGCCACUUUAACAUCUCGAAGGUAAUGGCGGCUGGCAGGUUGUCGAGAGGAGAAAGCAUGUGAGAGUAGAGGGCCGUUGCAUACUGCGUAGUAAUGUAGUGAAUUGUAGCUGUGUAGAUCUGUGUUCUAUUGACCUUUCACCCCUAUUGACCUCUCACCUUUAUCGCCUGGUUCAUGUGUGUUUGACAUGUUUCUGCUACUAUAUAUGACUGUAUAAAUAUACAUACAAAAAAUAUAUAUAUAUAUAAUAAGGGUAUAUAAAAUAAGAUUGAUAUUACCAAGAUAGAUAGAAAGAACGAUGAACAAGAGAAGGCAGAUAGUAAAACACAAGCAGCAGCUUAAUACUGUGGCCACAUUGAGGAAGUAAAUUAUGAAAAUACUUUAUCUUUACAUCUGUAACUUCACACAUACAUUAAGUGGUUGUCAUACAUGCCAAAAAAACGGUAUAUGUGUUUGUUUUAAGUAUGAAAUCCAGUAUCUUCCCUUAUGUGUGCUUCAUCUAUUGUGACAUCAUAUUCAUACAUUAUUAGAUUUAUCCUCAUACCUUAAACACUAAAUGCAUUGUGAUGUGCCAUGAAUGCUUUGAGUGAAUGCCAGAAAAUAUCACACAGUUCUAGAAGAUAAUAUUUGGCUACAACAAUCUGUAGCCAAACUCAACCCGUCCAAAAUGUAAUGUCCGAGUAAACGCUUCACAACACUUUGCUCAGCUCUUGUUUAACACUAUCUGACCUUAGACUUAAUGCAGUGAGAACCUCCCAGAUGUGUGUAACUCAUGACUGCUUCUGUAAAGUCUGUAGGUUUGGUGGCUGGUCUUCACCUCAUACCUCAGCUUUGGUAUUUGUCUUCACCCUCCCCCCGCCAUGUUUGCUCAUCAUAAUCAUUGAUAUUAAUGGUAGUGGUGUAAGUGUUGAUUCUAAUGUUUAAACACAUUGCUUUGUGUCAUAUAUUUAUUAGUUAUUCUCUAGAUUCUGCAUAGAUUACUAUGCAUAUGGUUCAAUGUACAACGUUUGUUUUUAAAGUCAUGGUUUCGAUUUGAUGCUGACACCUAAAGCCUAAAAAAAAAAGCUUAAAUAUAUAAAAGAGAUUUAACCGGUCUGGCUGACACUAAAGGACCUCUAAUUAAUUCAUUAGGAAUGUGUCUUUGCUAUAGAUCAAUCAGGGAAAGCUCAGUUCUUCAAAGUUUCCUAGUGUUAUCGUGUCAAUGCCAUGUAGCAUGACAUCCCGUUGCAUUAAGUCGAACUAGUGCUCAUAACGUGUAACUUAUGGUCACAAUAAAAUGCCAACAAACGGAUAAUACCUAGAUGUUUACAAGAAAUAAGAAUCAGCUGACACAUUAAAUUGUGUUCAUCGUUUUG